CUUCUGGUCAUGUAUGCAUAUAUAUAUGGAACGCUAUCAAAAAGUAGAAGAGUCGAAACAAAGUAAUAUGAAAGGCAAGAAUAUUCCCCGGGUACGGAAUAAAUAAACUCGACAUGAUAUCCCCAAGAAUAUGCUCCCUGGCAAACUCUAUUGCCUACCCCACAUCCUCCUUAACAAGUGCCGUCUUCAGCCUUUGAUCAGACCGUCAGUUGUAAAAGGAGCCCGCCAGCUCAAGUACUACCCAACACGGUUCAACCAACGGCUCGUAGACUUCCCCACCGACCCUGCGAAGAGACAAGGCUGUGAGUUGAGAGCUGAGAGCGGCAGUUGCCGUCGACUGUUGGCAUACCUAGGUAAUCCGUCUCAACUCGGUGCCCGGCAUAUCGUCCGGAGUGCGGUGUCGUGCCAUGUAGAGAAAAAAGAAACGACCAGUCAUCCCAACAGCAUACGUAAUAAAACCAUUGGAUCGACUGUCCCACAUGCAAGGCUUACCGCGCAGCCGGUAUUCCGUACAGUGCACAUGAACUCGCGCCGGAUGCACCGUACAAGCACUUUAAGACACGCCAGGCCCGGGCGCUCACAGUUUCACAGAGUGCCCGCAGAUGCGCCCAUGGCAUGCGAGCGCCACGUUCCCACGAGCAUGCUUGAUGAAACGCACGAGACUGAUGACGGAUGCAAAUGUCCAUUAGCCACGUGCCAACGAUUAGGUCGACAGCUGCAGCGCAAGCACUUCGUGACAGCGCCAAGUCACUCUCUCGAAACCGUCCGAGAGGCGUGGAAUACGGGCGCCGCAAGCAAGGUCUUUGCGCCGCACAGAACACCAUCUGGUCUUCAGCUCAUUCAUGCACCACCCGAACAAGCACGUGCAACAAAAGGUAGAGAAAAUGACGAGACCGAAAUAGAAACAACCCUCUUGACAUAGCCUCACCGCUCUUAUGUAGCCUCGCCGACGAUAGAGAUCGCUGCCGAUGGAGAUCAAUCGCAGAGGUCAAGGUAGAAAAAACAAUAAUAACAA